AUGGUGUGCGAUGCUUGUGAGUUUGACUUCUUAGCAACACUUUUUCUUGGUCAUGAUGUGGUUUUAGGUCAGAAGAAGCUCACCAAAAUUGUUGGGAUAGAUCCUUAUCGCAAUAAAGUGUACAACAAAUUGCCAGGGGUGCAGAAGAGGCCACCGGCGAAUCAGAACAAAUUAAUUGGAAGCGAGAAAAAAUUCGAAAACAUAGCCGAAUGUACUAUUUCUUCUCUGCAGGGCAACAGUGAUGAAUGUGAAAUGCAAAAUUUGCAAAUGUGCAAUACAUCAAGUUGGCUCGCACUAUUGCCAGACGUGCGCCUACCAAAAAGGAAUCUGUGCGAUGUGCGGGAAGAGAAUCCUCAAUACCAAAGGCUUGCGUCAAAGCACUGUAUAGGUUGCAAUUACUCUGACUGCGUCCAUAGCUUGAAAGUGCGAUCAAAAGCUGAUGACAUUAACCACUUCCCAUCCGGGCUGAUAUCAACGCACAUAACCUGA